AUGCCAAAAGCAUCGUCCAAGGAAACUUGCUUCUACGGUGUAAAGGUUGGACGCGUUCCAGGAGUAUACGCGACUUGGGACGAGUGCCAGAAGCAGACGAGUGGGUAUCCGAAAGCAUUACAAAAGAAAUUCAGCACAUUUGAGGAAGCAAACGCAUUUGUAAACGGAAUGGCCACGAGGACUGCUCAGACAAAGGUCGAGCGACAUCAGCGACAUGCAUAUGCUGCGGGACCGCGUCAACCAGGAUGGGAUCAAACCCCAAGAGAUUCUUGGGAGUCCCCAGGUAGCGGUACGAAUGCGGUCAAUGUCCACCAAAUGCAGAGGAACAUGAGUCAAUUUGGAACGGCGUCUGAGGCGACCACAUCAUCAAAGCCUAAGAUAAAUACCCUUGACAAUGCCACCCAGGCAGACGAAGAGGAAUGGGAGACGAUCAUUGUGUACACAGAUGGAGCAUGCAAGCAGAAUGGCAAAGUCGAUGCGGUGGCUGGUAUCGGGGAUCAGACCAAUAAUCGCGCCGAGUUGAUUGCCAUUAUUCGCGCGUUAGAGACCGCUCCAAGUGAAGAGGCUCUGUCGCCAGUAGCGGCCUCGAAGAAAAGAAAGACGCGCUGGAUCAUACGAACAGACUCAAGGUAUUCAAUUCAAGUCGCAACAGAGUGGGCGCCCAAAUGGGAACGAAAUAACUGGAGGCUGGCAAGCGGACAGGAGGCAAAGAAUGUUCCACUUAUUCAAUAUCUUAUGGCUUUGUUGGACCUCCGGGGGAUGGACGAGCCAGUCAAGUUUGAGUGGGUCAGAGGGCAUCAAGGGGAUGUCGGUAAUGAGGCAGCGGAUCGACUGGCCGUGAACGGAACACAACUACCCAUGACUCCCGAGCGUGACUGGGCAGUAGCCCGUCAAGAUAUUGAGAAGACGUGUUCCGAGGCACUCCGGACGCGUGCACGGGAGCAGAGGCCGAAACAAGUAGAGACGAACACCGCCAGUGGUCAAACUGCAGAGUUGCCGGCGGAGGAAGAGGACUUAUGGAACGUGCAAUCAAUUGACGCGAAGGAGCUGAUAGACUUCGUGUUUUCGGAAGAUGACUUGCUGAACCAGGAGCAGCUGGAGUUGCUCGAAGAGACCCAGGAUUUCUAG